UUGAUCAAUGAUUGAGUUAAUAAAUGGGAUAUAACAAAUUACUGAAAUUAUCAUUACAUUUGAACACAAUACUACAUAACUGGGGGUUCGCUUACAAGCUUUUUCUGCAGCUUUCUAAUAAGCAUCUUGUAAGUGGACCCCUUUUUUUUAAACUACUGUCUCUAAAGUCAAGAAUUAAAAUGUUAAGCUCCACUAUGGACUUUGAUCAACACCUCUGGCAAUCCCAAAAAAAACAACAUGGAAAACUUGAGCUUGACCAAGUUGGUAUUUAGUUUUUGGUUAGUUGUUUCUGUUUUGUUAUCCACCCCUGUAUGUCAGUGUUAAUAUGCAGAUUAGCUGCCUUUUUCGAAAUGAGAAUAUGUUGUUUUAUACAUUAUGUGUAAAAUCCCCCUUUACCCAUGAUCAUAUUAUGUUAUCCUUUGUAAACAUGGAUCAAAGUAAAAUAGAUCAAAUCAAUUCUAAAAUAUUUAGGGGACCUAAAUCAGGUUCAUUGUUUUCAUAUUGUUCUGGCAUUGUUAAGAGAAGCAGGAUUACUACUGAGCCUCUAGAUGUGGGGCCUGGUCCUUAGUCGGGGCGAUUUCCACUGAAAUCCACAGAGGCAUUAGCAUCGUCAACAGGGGCCACAGUCCAGUUUUCAAAGAGCCUUUUUUUCCUCAUGAGAAAUACCAGAAAACACAAGAUCUGUAAGCACAGCCCCACUUGCUUCUUGCUGGCACGAAACUCCUCCCUGGAUCACAUGUGAGAAGGGGGAAAGGUUCAGGAUGUGCCAUCGCGUCAUGAUAGUUUAUGUGUGACUACAUUUUAUUUGUUAUUUGAGUUGAGGGACCUCUGAAUGGACGUUGACAUCUCCUGCAGAUAGACUGGUUGAGCACUAGGCUGCACAAUGGCUGACUGGGACUAUGACUAUCUGAUCAAGCUGCUGGCGCUGGGAGACUCGGGGGUGGGAAAGACCACCUUCCUCCACAGGUACACCGACAACAAGUUCAACCGCAAGUUCACAACUACAGUGGGCAUUGACUUCAGGGAAAAGAGAGUGAUGUACACAGGGAUGGGUGCUGAUGGCACGACUGAGAGGAACUUCAAAGUCCAUCUUCAGCUUUGGGAUACAGCGGGACAAGAGAGGUUCCGCAGCCUGACUACAGCCUUUUUCAGAGACGCCAUGGGCUUCCUGCUGAUGUUUGACUUGACCAAUCAGCAAAGUUUCCUCAACGUCAGGAACUGGAUGAGUCAGCUACAGGCCAACGCGUACUGCGAUAGUCCAGACAUUGUGUUGGUGGGCACCAAAGCAGACCUUCGAGAUCUGAGGGAUGUCCACACUAGACAGGCCAGAGAUCUGGCAGACAGAUACGGCAUCCCCUACUUGGAGACAAGCGCAGUGACGGGUGUUAGUGUGGAACAGGCAGUGACUACCCUGCUGGACCUGGUGAUGAAGAGGAUGGACCAGAGCACUAACGGGGGCCGCAGCUCUGAACCCAACGGCAGCCCCAUCGCCAGCCAUGAAGUGGAGGAGGCCCCUGUGAGGAGGAGGUGCGCCUGCUGAUGUUUCCACCAGCAGCCACUCUAUAAGCUUGAUUAGGGUGCCUGCUAGGUGAGGCUGAAGAUAAUCUGAGAUCAUAAAAUCAACUAAAAUAUUAUCCAUACAUAAGAGGACUAGAACAUGGCCCAUUUUACUUAAAGCAACAUUGUUAUUACAGUGUGAAUUCCUCUCCUAUUUGCUAUCUGUAAUGUUAUUUAUUCACAGCCUGUGCCUUGGCAAGUGAGAAAGAGGAUGGAGAGGAGUUGCAAAAGACUUUAAAGAUUGUAUUAGUAACUGAAUACAGUAUAAGGUAUUGUAAAACCUGUAAUGUUUUAAAGACACCAAGUGGUUGUGAUUCUACCAAAAAAAGUCAAUUAUUAUCUUCAAAUGGGUCAUAUCAGAGAAAAAUACUGUUUUUAUUUGACACAUUUAGGCCUUGAUGGAAGGAAUAUGCAGGCACAUAACGUAUAUUUAUCAUGGAGUAUAAUCAAAAAACAUUUAAGACAUGGUUACAUUUCUUAUAUGGAUGAUCAUUUUUGUUAGAACAACCAAGAUAGCAAAGUCCCUUACAUGAUUUAUGACUUUUAUACGACAUGUACAUAAGCAGCCAAGCUUUUUUAUGCAUUAUGGAACAAAGUUGCCAUGCAGAUCGAACACAAUUACAAGAAUGUUAAAGGGCUGUUGGAACAAAAUCCUGUAUAGUGCUGCAUUUGGAAUAAAGACAUUGUAUGUUUAGGUUAUGUA